UCCAAUAUUCUGCGAGCCAACGCUGAGCAAGAGCUGAAGAAUCUAUCGCGAGAUGGCCAGGACGCACGCCUAAAGCCGAUGGAUGAAGCAGAAAUGCUUCAGCAGGUUGAUACGUGGCUUGCAACAAUACGCCGAGACCUGCCCACGAGCUCACUGCCGGCACAGCUUCCAACCCUCCCUGGCUGCCAACGGGCCAGCCGACAUGCCGUUCUGGCGCCGGCGCGCGGCCUGGCCGCCUUGCCCAGCGCGGACCCAGGCAUUGUGGAGGCCGCGGCGGGUGCACGACUGUGCAGCCGCCAAGCAGGCGGCGGCAUGGCGGUGCUCACUUCGCAACCGCUGCAUUACCGAGACCACAUGAAUCAGCAGGUGAUGGCAGCUAUGGCCCAGUUGCGCGCCCGGCUGCAGCUCAGGCCCAAGCAGUCCGCAGAUGCAUCUGCACCCGCCGCUCCGGCACUGGCUCGGGCAGGCGGCAGCAAGCAGCCGGCGCCUCAGGCCCCACCACGCGCACCCUUGGGCACUGCUACUGGCGGAGGUGCACCUUCCCGUGUAACCUUCUUCAGCGGCGGCGGCGUUGCUCCCGUCCCAACAGCGAAACCGGCGCAUCCAAUGUCAAGAGGAGUGACCUCAGCAACAGCUUUCGCAGCCGGGGCCGCAGGCAGCCGCAAACGUCCUGCCGAAGCCGUACAGGUUGAGCUGGGCUCCGCAACUGCACUCCCAUCAACGCAACCUAAGCGCCAGCAAGUGUGCGACAAGAGGUCCAUUGCCGACGAAGAAGCGGUGCCGCCUCUUCACCAGCCGGUCGCCUCACGCCCUCUGUCGAGCUCAGCUCCUCCCAGCGGGGGCGCCGCCGCGUUCUGUGAUGACUGCGACACGCCCUCGGCCCCCUCGGCACCGGCGCCCCCGCCGCCCGUCUCCACGGCAUCAGACCAGACUCCAUCUCAGUACCAGCUGCCGGCGAGGACCCAGUCCGCUGGCGGCACCGUCACGCGUUGUAUACCGCCCAACGACCCAGCCCUAGCCUACGGCGGCAUGCCGCAUCCCCCCAUGCGGCAGCCACCGGCACCAGCGGCUGUUGGAGCGGCACCGCCGGGCCUCCCGCUAGGGGCGCACCGCGGAAGCCAGCAGCUGCUGCAAAGGCCAGACGCGGCGCGGCAGUGUGGCACUCGGCUGCUGACUGUGCCGGCAACACCCCAUGACGCUACGGCCGCCGCCGCAAGCGGCGGAGCGCAGUCAGCGCCUGGUGCGCCUGCGCCGCUGCAGCUGCCGCCGCCCCCGCAGCAGCGGCACCAGCUGGUGUGCGCCCUGCCGCAGCCCAGCACCACGCUCCAAGAGCUGCUGGUGCAGCAAAGCGCAAAGCAGCGGCUUGUGCAGCCGGCAGGGCCUGCCAGCAGCACAGAGGCGCCCGCAGCCCAAGGCGCGGUGGGCAGCUACCGAGCCCUCCUGGAUGCCGCCCUGCGCUCUGCAGACCCCGACGUGACGGCCGCGCUGCUGGCCACCGCGUCCGCUGCCGCCGCGCAGCAGCAGGAGUGGCGGUCGCAGCUGCCGGCCCUAGACCGCCUGCUGUGCAGCUGGCCGCUGGCCGAGCUGCAGGAGCAGCUGCAGUGCCAGCCGCCGGGCGCCGUGGGCCGGUGUGGUCAGGCAGGUGGCACUGGAGCGCAGCAGCCAGCUGCGGCGCGGCCAGCACCAGGCCGUGCCGAUGUUGGGCAGGGCGUGUCGGGCACGUGCGGGGGCAACAGCGCGGUGGCGAGCGCGCCGGGCGGCGUUUGUGCGUCCAGGGACGAGGAGAGCGACGGCGAAAGCAGCGGUGGGGGCGGAGGCGGCGCUCAGGAGCCGCUGCUGCAGUUCUCCUGCACGCCGUUCCGCCGCCGCCGUGCCGCACAGACUGUGCCGCGCUGCCGCGCCCAUGCCGAUGUGCCACACAGCAGCGGCCAGGCGCCACGGCUUGCCCGGUCACCGAUGGUGACCGCGCUGGAGGCGGACGCGUGCGAGUCGCGCGGGGACUUGUGGGCGCUGUUCUGCCACGUCAUGGAGGCGCACCAGGCGGAGCAGGCAGCGGCCUCCGAAGCUGCAGCGGCUGCAGCGGCUGCCGGUGGGGAGACUGGCCUGCAGCAGCACCAGCAUCAGAUGGGAGCGGGAGAGGAAGAGGAGCAGGGCGCCGAGGACGACCCGGACGUGUACAUUACGGAUGACGCGCUGGUGUGCCUGGCGGCGCUGGGGUCGGAGGUGCACGGGCGCUGCGGCUGGAGCCUGCCUGUCAUGGUGCGGCAGCGGGGCUCCGCCGGGGCCGUGGCAGCGGCGGGCGGGCCGGCAUUGUGUUCGCAGCCCGACACGCCGCACGGCACGCCGCGGAGGGACAGCAUGGGCGGCAGCGGCAGCAUGGACGCAGACGAUGGCGGUGCGGGGCACGGCUCAUCCUGCGCGGGCGAGGGCGCUGAAGCCGUGUGUGGUGGCGGGCGGGCGGGCGGCCGGACGUCCAGCAGGAGCGCAGCCGCUCCCUCCACACUGUACUUUGGGCCGCCGCUGCUGGAUCAGCUGGGCUUGGUGCUGGGCAGCUGGACUCGCAUGUGCACACGCGCCAUGGCGGCUGGCGCUGCGGGCGGGGCCGCAGGGCCGGGCGACGCGGUGUGCGGGCACGCAGCGGACGGCGGGCAGGGCCAGGGAUGUGCCGGCGACGAGGCAGUCGACGGGCUGCACGAGGUGCCGACUGCGGCUCACAGCGACAGCUGCGAGUGCUGUCAGCAGGACGAGUGGCGGCUGGGGCCUGGGGCCAGCCUGCUGGUGCUGAGUCACUGCGAUGUCGCGGCGGCGGCCAGCGGGACAUGCAGCCGCGCUGGCGCGCAAGCGCCGGCAGGUUGGCAGGCAGACGGGAGGCCAGGGGGCAUGGCGGUGGCGGCCGAGGUCGAGCCGGUGCAGGUGAUGGCGCUUGCCGCGCGGGGUAGCGCCUACGCCGCGCAGGCGGCUGGGUGCAACGGUGUAGACAGCGGCGCGAGUGGCACUUCGGCAGCGGCUGCCGCCCUGGCAGCUGCGGCUGCCCACUACCCGGAGCUGGCGUGCCGGGCACAGCUGCUGCGUGGGUGCGUGGAGACACAGGUGGUGGUUGUGGACCCUGCCGACGGAGCCGUCCUGGCCCAGCAGCGGCUGGGCCCAGGCGCCCUGGCGCGCCUGUCCAGCCAAGACCAGGUAGAGCGCUGCUGGCGGCUGGCGGCGCAGCUGCUGGGCUGGCUGCAACGGCUGCCGCCGGGGCCCUACGAACUGCGGCUGGACUUGUCGCUGAAGCGACUGGAGUUGCGCGGUGUGCAUCCGUGACGGUUGCAUUUCGAAGGAGGGUUAAGAGCUGAGAGGACAGUGGUGCGAUCCAGCUUGUGGGGUAGGCGGCUAGAUAAGCAGGGAUGGCGUAUUGGAGACAAUAAGUGUCCCAUCACACAUCCAUGAUGCUAGGCUUGCUGCAAGGUACUCCCGUACUCAAGGAGUAGAUGCGUUUGUCCAUUACGGCGCGGUGGCGGCACGGGACAUCCU